AAGAAAGAGCUCAAGCUUUUAGAUGUACCAGAAGAUUUUGUGGACCCUGAAAAGAAUCCAUAUUUCGACCCUAACUUAUCAGCAGCGCCUCGGGAACGCAAAUCAAGGCCACUUAGAUUUGCACCCAAGGGCAAAUUUAAAAGCAUUGCGAACCAGGUCCGAGCAGAACAGCGUGUGGAGCAACUGAAGAAGGACAUUGAACAGAGUGGACAGGCUAAUGUGCAAGAAGAGGACUUGCAGGUCAAGGAUGGAUUCGUCAAACAUGAACCAUUGAAAGGAGUCGAAUGGUGGGAUGCUGCAUUUUUACCUAACAAAACCUACGAUGACUACGCACAGGGACUUUGCAAGAUUGAAACGGAAGAUUCUUUGAUCACCCAUUAUAUCCAACAUCCCGUUCCUAUUGAACCUCCAAAUGAAGCCGCACAUGCAGCUAGUGCAAAACCACGACCGCUGAUGUUGACAACUAAGGAGCGCAAAAAAUUGAGAAGGCAGAAGCGACGGGAAUUACUGAAGGAGAAACAGGAUAAGAUCAGGUUGGGAUUACUGCCACCAGAUGCACCAAAGGUUAAACUAGCCAACAUGAUGCGUGUCUUGGGGCAGGAAGCGGUUUUGAAUCCAACAGAGGUAGAAAUGAAGGUCAGACAACAAGUGGCCGCUAGAUUGCAAGGCCACUUGGAUAUGAAUGCAGAGCGGAAAUUGACUCAUGAGGAAAAGAAAGCCAAAGAAGCGAAAAAGAAGGAAGAAGAUUUGGCCAAGGGGAUCCACGUCAGUCUAUAUAAGAUUAACGACCUUUCUCAUCCACAGAAAAAGUUUAAAGUGGAUAAGAAUGCAGAGCAAUUAGGAUUGACAGGGAUUGUGCUCAUGUACCCUACUUUUACGAUUGUAGUGGUAGAAGGAGGGGGAAAGGCAAUCAACCAAUACAAGAAGUUAAUGUUGCGGAGAAUCGACUGGACAGAUAACACACGGUUAGAUGGAAGCGAAGUGACUGCAGCGUCCGAGAAUGGAGCGACGAUUGACAACAAGUGUCUAUUGGUUUGGGAAGGACAACUGAGGGAGCGACAAUUCAAAACAUUCAGAUUUUUUAAAUGCAGGACAGACGCACAAUUGAAGGAGACAUUGGCACGGUUUGGUGUGCAGCAUUACUGGGACCAAGCACUUGCGUUCAAAGAGGACGAUAUGCUUGGUGCGCAGGUUACUUUGUAA